GCCUCGCAACGGAACCACAGCACAAUGCAGUUAGCUAGCUAACGGAUUAAAACUGUGUAUUUCUUAUACAGGCCACCGUUUGAGUAGAGUUAAACCGUCAUCUUUAAGUUGUGUGACACCGAAAGCUGUUUUUGUUUUUGUUUUUUUUUUUUCGUUCGAGACGUGUUAAUGAGCUAAUGUGACUUGCUAACCCAGCUGGCUAACGUUAGCUAGCUAACUGCAUUGCAACUGAAGCAUGAAGCUAGCCAUUAGGUAGGCUCUCCAUACUGUACAGUUAACCCGAGUCGUUAACUUCUUACGGCUGUUCUUACUUUUUAGGUACAGUUGGUAAACGGUGGAGGACAAGUGUCGUGUAAGCAGUUAAGACCCCUGCAGGAUGAGUUAGCAGAAGUCUGGAGGAAGUGAUAAAGUUAGAAAGGUUUGGCUCGGGACAGAACUGAUACAGCUGCGGAUGUCAAGUUUACUUUGGUCCUGACGGAAGAGAGUGAGGGAACUGUUGCAAAGUGCAUUUGAAAGUACAGGAUAGGAGUGUAAAAAUGAAAGUCGUGGAGAAAAACAUGAUGCGUCUAGUGGCUGUGCAGCACCUCCGCUCAGCGUACGGCAUAAAGACAAAGAACUGGAACAAAAACAAAGCGGCCAGCUGUAAGCCAACAGCCAGCAACUCGACAAAGGUUUUCGGGGUAUCCCUGGAGACCUUACCGUACUAUAAUAUGGAAUGUGGGAGCGUGCCAAGCUUUCUGGUCGACGCAUGUAUGAAACUGCUGGCACAUGUCGACACGGAGGGCCUGUUCAGAAAAUCCGGCUCCGUCAUUCGCCUGAAAGCACUCAGGGCUAAAUUGGAUGCUGGUGAGGAGUGCCUGUCCACUGCACUUCCCUGUGAUGUGGCUGGUCUGGUGAAGCAGUUCUUCAGGGAGCUGCCAGAGCCCGUGCUCUCCACAGAGCUGCAGGAGGCCUUCCUCAAGGCCCAGCAGCUCCCCACUGAGGAGGAGAGGACCUCGGCCACCAUGCUGCUGUCUUGUGUGCUACCAGACAAAAACCUCACUGUGCUGCGUCACUUUUUUGACUUCCUCCAGAAUGUGUCUAAGAGGUGUGCAGAGAAUAAGAUGGAUAGCAGCAACUUGUCUGUUAUCUUGGCUCCCAACCUCCUUCACUUUGGAGACAGUACAGAGAAGAUGAACGCCAACACUGAGAAGCGCCUCAAGCUGCAGGCAGCCAUAGUACACUGCUUCAUAGAGAAUGCACACAACUUUGGUGUGUUACCACAGUUUCUUCUAGAAAAAGUUCCAGCCAUGCUGGGCAGUGAGGCGGGGGCCGUGUCCCCUACUCACGAUGAACUUGAGGAACUGGACUCGGGGAUGAAGAAGAGACACAGACGCAGCUUUGGAGAUAUGGUCAGUGGUGCUCUGAAUAAGAUAAAAACUAAUAGAACACCCCAAAAAGCCACCCAGUCAGACAGUCUUGUCUUUUCCUCUGCAACUCCUGUGAUUGCAACGCCAUCCUCAAAGCGAAAGCUUCCUUUGGAAUCUGGGCACUCUUUUGGAUUCUCAAACAAGAAACGUAGAUCUGUCAAAAAGACCCUUGGGAUAGAAUUACUUCCCAAUACUUUGUUCAGUGGAACGUCUACUCCUGGAUCAGCUUACAGUGCUUCGGGGGUGUUGGACUCUUCCCAGAAUAUCCUGUCACCAGCAGGGAAGUCUAGAAGGCAAUCUGCUACCUCUGUCAGGAGGAAGAGCCGACGACUGAGCAGCAGACAUGCUGUCAACAGAGUUGAAUCUGGAAGGGCUGGCUGCUUUUCUCCUAAAGCCGCCAAAAAAGAAGCACCACUCAAAUCCCUGCGCUCGCGUUUCAGCCUGGGGAAGAGCAGCAAAGACGCUGGAUCUGAGUCCAUUGGCUGGCGACUUGCCACUCAGGAGAGCACCGCCAGUUUUCGUUUCACCAAAGAGACAGAGUUCCUGACUCCAUCAGGUCUGCCUAGAAAAGCUGAAUCCAAAAGCUCCAAGUACAUCAGUAAGUCUGAAGACAACCUGCUGACCCCCCAAUGUGACUCAAGUGCCCACCGGACCUCAUGGAACGGGGAGACUCCCGUAGGAGCGGAGGCUUUUAGCGGAAGGUCUUUCACAGACACCCCAAUGAACGUGUGCCUUAAGAGCAACUAUACGUCUGAGCCAGCCAUUGUCGUAUCAAAGCCCCUGAUGGGGGCCAGCCUUCCCAAGAAGCUGUGUUGUGCUUCCAGCGCCGAGAGCCUGGAGAGUGAGAGCUCUGUCACUGUAGGCCGGAGCCAAACCGGACCCACUCUGCUGAAAAUAAAGAAGGCCUUCACAGAGUCGGGAAGCGACCUCCAGGCUGUCAUACAGGACCCUUGCAACUCAACGGCAACAAACACAACUAAACCACCAGACGGCAUCGUAGUCCCUCCACCAGAGUCUCCCACAGUCCAUGUUCUCUCUGUGGACUCCGAGCCCUCAAGCUUCCCGGCUCAGCAGCGGCUUUUUGCUAAUGAUCAGAACAUUACCUUUGGCCAGAUUGAAAUUGCCGCUUUGUCACCGUUGCAUAUUGACAGUGUAAUUUUUGAGUCUGGUGUGUACCGUAGUCCAGCAGCGAAGGCAGAUAUAGGUUCUCUCUGCCCUACUCCCAUCAGUAGCCAUAACGGCUCCAUGGUGGGUGAGAGCGAAAGGGAGGUAGAGCCGGUAAACUGCAGCAGGUUGAUUGAUGCUCUGGACAUCCAGAGUCCUGCUCUCUUCAAACUGGGCGUCCCCUCCGGGCUGCAGUCCACUCCAUACAAGCUGGACCUUGAACUCGGAGAUGAGCUUGGCACACCUCCUAAAGUUGGUACUAAAGUCAGUGUGGUACAUGAGCACGAAUCUUCCCCAGAGAUUGGUUCCGAAGUCCAAAACCAACAGCCCCUCUCGCCACGCAGCCUGGAGAUCGAAAGGUGUCGGGUGGCAGACCACAUUCAACACUUCAACAGGCUCACCCUUCAUUCUCCCAGAGGCACCAUGGGCGCACAAAUCCGAUCACCGCUCAAGUUCCAACGCACCCCUGUGCGCCAGACUGUCCGCAGGAUGAACUCUCUCCUGGGAGAGAGCAGGAGACCCACGAGAAACGCAAAACUCUCCGCCAGCCAGAGCCGUCAAGUGGUGAAGGCAGUGAGCCUGGAGAGCGGCCUUUCCCCUCGCCCACAGCUGCAGCCUUACCAGGAAGAGGCACAAGUGGUACUGUCCAAUAGCAUUUGUCCCAUAAAGAAACCACCUCCAGUCCCGCCCAAAAAGCCAAGCACUUUGGCCCGUAAACCAAAGUCCUGCGCUCUGGGUGACGUGACCAACAAGGUCCAACCAAAGACCAAAUUGGACUGUUCUGUCCCCGAUCCAUGUGGCGAUCAGAAGCCUCUUGUGCAGCAGGUAGUGGAGAAGGACAUGAACCAUUACAGAGGCUCUCCUAGAAACCCUCUCAACCAAGUUCAACUGAUGUCUGCCACCAAGCCUGUAGAUUUAUAGUUCCAAAUCUCUUUUUUUUUUUUUUGCCUUUUUACGUUUCCUCACUAUGCAGGUCUCUGUCUGGUUAGGACUACAUGACGUUAAACAUUCCCUUAUAUCAUCAUAUUUUCAGGGGUUUUAAUUUAUUUUUAGCUGCAGUAGCUGCUGUUUGUGUUGCGUUAGAGCCUCAGUGGGAGAUGUUCAUAUGCCUUAAGUUUGUUUUACUCUAGUAAAGCAAGUUUAGAAGUCAAAUAUUGACAAAUGCCUACAAGAUUAUAUGUUGCGUAGUGUUUAGAUGGUAGUGUGCAGACCAAAUUAUGUGAAAUGUGAUUGAUGGUAUGAGUGGAAAUAUUUAGAUGAAGUCUUAUGCUUUUAUUUAUGCAUUUUAUAUCCAAUCCAUAGUUAGAUGUUUAAAAAAAAACUGUUUACAGAAGUCACAGCUGUUUUUUUUAUCACAGAAUAUUUUCUUACUUUUGUCAUGAACAGAAAGAAGAAAAUUCAGCUUUUGUUGCAUUUUUUUUUAUGAAAGAAGAAAAAAAGCCAAGCAGUAUUGAUCACACCAUCGUCUGUCUCAGUCCAUUAAGUUCAAACAACCAGUAAAAUGCUUUGCCAUGUGAACCGAUCCAGACAAAUAAAAUCAGACAGCAUA